AUGUUACUGGUGGUCAACUACUGCAGGAUUUGCGAGAUGCCACAGGAAGGCUCAUCAGGAUCCACUGGAGCAAUAAGCGGGGAUGCCGACGCUGAGGAUCGAGUUGAUGCAUAUCUCAAUCCACAGACGCGAGGGGCGUUGAUCGGCAAAUGUAGAGGCCUUCUUACCUGCGAGCAUUCUGACGAGAUGUGGGAAAUCUCCCAAUCAUUGCGCAGAGACGAAGACCUACAAAGAAUGUUUCCUCUGCUGUGCCAUUUCCUCAUAUCUGGAGGAACAUACGCAUACCUAACAAACAUUGCUAUCGUGUAA